GCCUACUCAGGAGACGGCGACGAAACGCCAGAAACUCGCCUCGUAAAGGCGCUUCCUUUCCUGGGGAUUCGAUAAAGUCCUAGGGUUUUCAAUCCCCCGCCCCGCCCACCAUCUUCUCUCCAAUCAGCAGCAGUCGCACCAUAGUCAAGAAACGACUCCUGUCCAAAUCCCAUGGAGACAAAGUUGUUGCCGAUAUGGUUGGCGGAAACCUGGGACAUCCCAGGUUGACAAAACCUCGUUCUCGUUUUGGUUUGUUCUGAAAUGCGCAUCUGCUGAAGCGGAAAUGGAUCGUCUCCGUCCAAGACGCAGGGAGGUCUUCUCUGGGUUCACAGAUGCCGAGAUUGAGAAAAUGGAGAAGUUGCUGGAAAAAUCAAGAGAAGAAACAUGUAAUAAGGAAUUUUGUCAGAAAAUUGCAAUCAGUUUCAAUCGCUCUGCUGGUCGUGCUGGAAAGCCUUUGAUAAAGUGGACGGAGGUCCAGAGUUGGUUCAAGAAGAGGCAACAAGAGCACCCCAAAGUAAUUUUUGCCCCUAAUUCUGGCAAGAAUGAGUCCGAGAUUCCAGCAAAUUGCUCCACUGAUAAAACAAAUGAAAAUUCUCAAACGCCUAAAGCAGGGCAAAAGAUCACAGACUCAUCAGAACUGGAAUUUGAGGCCAAGUCAUCAACAGAUGGGGCAUGGUAUGAUGUAGAUAUGUUUCUUGGCCACAGGUUUUUAGGCUCAGGUGAAGCUGAAGUUCUUGUCAGAUUUGUUGGGUUUGGGGCUGAGGAGGAUGAAUGGAUUAACGUGAAAAAGGGUAUUAGACAGCGCUCAGUCCCCCUGGAAAAUUCGGAAUGUGACAAAGUUAAAGUUGGAGACCUUCUCCUCUGCUUCCAGGAGAGGAGGGAUCACGCCAUUUACUAUGAUGCUCAUGUCAUAGGAAUUCAGAGGAGAAUGCAUGAUAUUAGGGGCUGCAGGUGCCUCUUCUUGAUACGCUACGAUCAUGAUAACACCGAGGAGAGAGUUCGCUUGAGGAGAUUGUGCUGGACGUUGAUAUGACAGAUGAUAUCAUGCUCAAACUUUGUUCUCAGAGCCAGUAGCUGGUUUUUCUUCUUCUCGGCUUGCUUUCUGUCUAUGGUUGCUAGGACAUGUUAUAAUGGGUCGAAGGGGCAAAUUUUGUUGGUUUGAUGGUUCUCUGUUGCCCUUUGAAUAAUAGGGUUUUGGUAAAUAAUAUAUUUAGUAGAGUAUUCAACUUAA